ACAUAAGACAAACAUUGUGAAAGAUGUGAUUUUUCUUUGCACAACUGAUUAAAAAAAAAGAUACACUAAAUUUUGUUGUCGAUAUCUGUAACGAAAUGUGAAGGGAGAAUUUUUUAUUUAAAAAAAAUGUAUCUGGCUGACUAUUUUACACAAGAAUCAAGUGAUGAUUCUCUUAAUAGAGAUUCCAUUUUUUCUGACUGUACGGGUACGAAACCCAAAUUUAAAUUUCCACCUCCUCCUAGAUUAACAAAAAGUGCAAAUAAUUCAUAUUGCUCAACAGCUUCAGAUAGCUCCACUAAUGAAUUUUUUCACAGAAGUUUUAACACUGUAAAAAAGAAGCGUCAUAGAUUAAACUUUGCAAAUAAGUUACCACCUUUAGGAAUUUAUUGGGACAUAGAAAACUGCCAUGUACCCAAAGGCAAAAGUGCUUCGGAUGUAGUACAAAAAAUUAGAGAAGUUUUUUUGGAAAACUACCGAGAAUCAGAAUUUGUAGUUGUUUGUGACGUAAAAAAGGAAACUCCACAAAUUAUUCAAGAAUUGCAUGAUUCACAGGUAAAUUUAAUUCACGUUUCAUCAACUUCUAAAAAUGCUGCUGACGAAAAAUUACGUCAAUCAUUAAGAAGAUUUGCUGAAGUACAUUCAGCUCCAUCAGGAAUUGUUUUAAUUUCUGGAGACAUUAACUUUGCAGCAGAUUUAUCUGACCUUAGAUACCGAAAAAAAAUAAGAGUUAUUUUAGUGCAUAACGUUAAUGUAGCUGAAGCUUUAAUCUUAUGUGCAAAUGAACAUCAUUCCUUCACAGAGUUGAUGAAAAAUUUACCAGAAAGUAGGACUAAAGUAAAUUCUUAUUCCCCUGCAUUAUUAACAGUAUCAAAUCUGCCAUUAAAACUUGAGACAAAGAGGAUAAGAAGCAGAUUGCGUAAGUUGGUGGAAAAUUGUGGUGGAAAAAUUUUAAACAUAUCUUCUGAAGAUGGCAUUGCUACUAUCAGAUUUGGAAAUGUGGAUACUGCCCUAAGGGCACAAAGGAGGAUUCAAGGAGAGGAUGUUUUUGGAAGUAAAAUUAAAGUAUUAUCUCCAUCUGUGAGGAAUUUCUCAGGACGUAAACUUAAAAAUGGAGACACAUCACAACAAUCCGCAACUUCAUAUGGUACCCUUCCACCACCUCCUGGUUUUAGUAAUCAAGAUUAUGGUCAAGAUUAUUUAUAUUUUAAUCAGCUUGGUGCGAGGGAUAUUAGAAAACAAACUCAGGAUUUAAACAGUCAGCAAGCAACGGAGAAUGUAUUUCGACCGAUAAGGGGGAUGGGUAUAUCAAAUGUAUCACCAAUGGAUAUUAGUUACGAACAGAGCUGGGGAGGUAGACGCAGUGGUGACAGGCGUCCUCGUACACCCCAAGAACAAAUAAAUGCAGCUAUGGGUGCAGUUCCAUCUCGGGUACACAAAGUUAGUGGUAGUUCAGAGUACAGCGACGAUGGAAAGAUGUGCUACUCUAGUGAAACUGAUGGAAAGAGUACUCAAACUAAUCAACCUGUAGAUUUAAUAAUAUCUAAUCUAGAUCCAACUAUCGACACUAAAGAACUGAGAAGACUUCUUACUAAUAUGCUUAAGGAAUAUGCAAUGAUUUUAAGUCUUAAUGUAAUUACACAAGCAGACGGUACGCCAAUAGCAAAUAUCAGAGUAAACAGCCAGCAAGAAGCACAGUUUGCUAUAUCUCAACUACACCGGCAGAAAUUAGGACACAAACGAAUUGUCAUAUCAUAUUCUCAGAAUAAUUCUCCAGAUCCAGAGCAGCUUCGAGCCAUCGUGAUUGCACUUUUACAAGAUGUUCCUGACAAAUGCAUGCCACUUUUUAAGUUCAUCGAACUUCUUGAAUCACGCUAUCAUUGCACUGUAUCUGUAUCUGAAGUAAAUAAACUGAAGGAUAUUUGUAAAAUAACCGAUGAUCUAGGUUCAAGAAUUAUAUCCCUAACUCAAGAAGUAAAGGCAUCUCCACCACCUAAUUUGAGCAGCACUUUUGUACCAUAUUGUACCAUUCACUGCCCUAAUGGCCUUCAAAGUAGAGGAUGGUGUGAACUUAAUACCAUUCAAACUCCUAAUAUUAUGAUGUCCUUAAAGUUAUUUGGCAAUAAAUUAAUAGGUUUACUCAAAAUGCAUUUAGGAUGUAUGCCUCUCUUAAGUUUUCAAAUUUGUUACGAACAAGAGUAUCAUGAACCGUUACCAGUUGUCGAAUCAGGGGUACCUUUAGAACAUUUAAUUGCUUGUGUUCCCAAUAUGGAAGUUAAUUAUGUAGGACCCAACAAAAACAUUAAGGUUGUUAAAUAUAAUGAAAUGAAGAAUGUAGAAAGUGAUGAAGAUGCUGUUUUGAAAACUGUUCCUCCAUCUUUAGCUCCAAAUAUAAGUCUACUCUGUCGGGAGCUGGUUGAUUUAUUAAAAACAAUGGAUAGAUGCCAAUUAUUGCUAAGCAAGUUCAUACCAGCUUAUCAUCACCAUUUUGGGCGACAGUGUCGUGUAGCAGAUUAUGGUUAUACAAAACUUUUAGAUCUGUUUGAAUCCAUAUCUCAUGUAGUUCAAAUUAUGGGAGAUGGUACACGUCGCGUCAUAACACUUUCACACAGCGCACAAAUGAGACGUUUCACCUCGGAUCUACUCAGGGUUUUAAAAGUGCAGCCGUCCAAGCAAAUUAGUAUAACAGAUUUUCCAUCGGCAUAUGAGAAGGUUAUGAACAAAUCGUUUAAUGCCGUUGAAUAUGGGUUGUGUACUUUUGAAGAUCUCUUACAAGAAGUACCUGAGAAUACAAUAGUUGUUAGUAGAAACGAUGAGGGAAUAAAUAUUGCUGUUCCAAAGAGGGAACAAACUGCUGAAGAAAUCAUGAGGACAAAACAGUUUGCAUCAGAGGUUAUCGAUUUAUUAAGGCACUCUCCAUAUUAUACCAUGUUAUUUAACAAGUUUGUUCCUGCAUAUCAUCAUCAUUUUGGACAUCAGUGUAAAGUUUCUGAUUAUGGGUUUACAAAACUGAUAGAACUGUUUGAAGCUAUUCCUGAUGUCGUUAAGAUUGAUGAAUUAUCAGAUGGGGAGAGAACAGUAAGUCUAACCCUUGAACAGUCCCUAAAAAUACUUGGAUCUCAAAUAGUACAAAUUAUCAAAGCUUCAGGACAAUCAGCGGUACCUCUGGAUGAUGUGCCUCGAAUAUAUCUUCGAGAAUAUGGAUAUCCACUUAAGCCACAACUUUAUGAAUGCGAUACUAUAACGGAAGUAACCCAGAAACUAUUUGAAUAUGUUCAGUUAAUCAAUGGUAAUGCUGGUUCAUUACUCGUUGCAAUAGACAUGGACAUGAUACCUAACACUUUGAGAGUGAGGAGUUGGGCUCUCUUAUUGAAUCCACCUCACAGUAAAAAUGUGGUGACGUUCCGUUAUGAAUACCAGUGUCGUUAUAAUAGCAAUUUUUCAAUUGAAGGUUUGCACCAGAUUGGGAAUGUUAUUUCGAUAUCAAAUGAUACAAAUAUCAUAUCCCUAACUGUGUUGUAUAUUUUGGCUGCUCAAAUAUAUCACAUUAUUUACAACAAUGGCGGAAGUGUAUUAUAUAAUAAUUUGGAGAAACUAUAUUUUGAAACAUUUGGAAAACCACUGAAGCUAUCUAAUUAUCACAUAUAUUCAGUUGACGAAUUUUAUAACAACUUCAAUUUACUAUUUUUUAUAAGAGGCAGCAAAAAGAAGAGUGUUGUAGUUCUCCAUCGAAAUUUAGCAGAACAUCUAGUGCCUUUGCCAUCAUCAAUGUAUAAAUCCACGGCUAGUAAAAAAGAAGUUAUUAACUGGCCUCCACCACCACCCGAAAUGGUCCAGAGUACUGUUAAAAAGGUGUCGCCUCCCAAACCUGAUACUCCACCUACUCCCGGAAGUAGUCUCUGGAACAAUUGGAAUAUGUCAUCCUCGUUUGAUAACAGCUUGAAUUUAUCAAUUCAGAUGCCAAUUGCACACAAUCCAAAACUAUUAGGUAAUCCAGAAUCUUUAAUUUCUCCGGCACGUCAUCUGCUACCUGCAAACAGAAAUCCGUGGGGCCCUAUACAACCUGCAACUGUACCGCCAGAUCCAUCUGAAUUACCUAUGCCUGAUAAAUUAAUCUCAAAAGGUAGUGGCAUGUCUGAUGAUUCAGCAGAUUCGGGAGUAAACAUUAAAUUAGAGAAUUCCCCAUCAGAUAAUGAAAAUGAUAUAUCUACUGAAAAUCAACUUUAUGGGGGUACCAGGAAACCAGCUUUUGCAACAUUUUUGAAUUUCAAUAAUUAGACCAAAAAUUUUUGAAAGAACAACAAAACAAAGGUAAUUAAGAUAUGACUGUUUUGAGGACUGUAUUAUAGAAAAUGUAAUUUGAAUUUAAAAAAGAAUUUAAAAAAUAUAUAUUUUUUUAAGCAGCUAAAAAAAUUUUUAGUAAUUUUAAAUAAUACAGAUGUUCCUGAAAAUAGUCUGUCUAACUUCUUUAAAUAUAUCUUUAUGUUAAAUAUUUAUAUUAAGGGUUUAGAAUAACUUCAUCAUGUUUUAACGUACAAAAAAAUAAGACCAAGUUUUAUAACAUUCCCUGUUAAUUAUUUAAUGUCUGUGAUUGUAUAAUUUUAAAUUAGAAUUAAGUAUGGUUUUUAUUGUUAAAAGUUGGUAACAUUGUCAUCUUAUACCAAUACCUACUGAUAAUAAAAUUAUAUUUUUAUUGUAUAGGCAACAUACAACAUUCAAUAAUGUUACCAACUUUAAAUGUACAUUUUGUAUUAAUACUAUUGUCGUGUGUAUUGUUGAAUAAUUUGUUUUUUGUAAAAACAAUUUAAUGAUUUUUGCAAUAUUUAUGCAAUAUCUACUUUAUAUUAUGUUAAAUUUUACGUUUUAAUUAUUUUACUAUAUCUGUGACUAUUUUCUGUAGGUGUAAAAUUUAAAAAUAGUAUUUUAUCUGUACUUAAAUAGUUUGAAAUAAUUUUUUGUGAAGUGUACC